CGGAAAGAGCCUUUCCCAGCUUCUUGCGGCAAGCACCAGCGCACAGAGUGCAGGGAUCUAUCGUUUUAGAGCCAAACAACUCAUCACCAAGGGCGAAGAAGCCUCCCUCGACAACAACUGCUCGUCACUGCGCGAAGGUCUCUCUCCGGUUCGUGGGGCACGAGAAGAGGGCACGACAGCUCCCAAUAGGGCGCAUCGCUACCAAGUGACCUCAUCGAGCUGCGAGGCCGGACACAAAACGUCAUCGACAAGACACGCCGUCGCUACAAGGAAGGGAUGGCGGCUCUCUAUCUUGCGAUACUGGCGUUGGCCCCUCAUGGUAUCAGCGGCUUCCAGGUACUUCAAGUGCCCACCGCGGCUCACACGAGCCGCACACAGCUGCUGAGAUCACGGAGGAGACCAUCUCGUAAGAAUGGGGCUGAGGAUGAUGGAUGGAUGGAUGUAUGAGGGAUGCCUGACGAGUUCCACGUGGCUGUGUUGGUGCAGGUGUGGCUUUGGCGAUGUCCGGGACGGACAGAGCGGUAGGCCUCCUGCAUGGCUGCGCCGUGUACUUCGACACUGCCGACGGCUAUCAAGUCGACGUGGACGGCAAGCGGCGACCUUUCCCCCAGAAAUGCUGGCAACACAUCGGUAGGUUUGGCGACGUCAACAUCGAAGCGGGCCUGCCGCAAAUCAGGUGCACACACACACCAGGAGGAUCUAGGUCGAUUCCGUACCCAACAACCCUCAUUGCUGCGUGUGAAUCGUUGGUGCAUCAGCGCGAGCGCACACGUGAGGUAUCCCGCAAGAGCUGCAGCUGUGGGUCUUUUCCGGGGCAGCCCCGCCCACAUCGAUCAGACAGGAGGCUUCAUUGUCAAUGUGGGCGGCGAGUGGCGGCCCAUUCGUAAAGAGGAUUGGAAAGAAGUCAUGGUCUUGACCGAUAUCGACAUCCCCAAGAUGCGCAGAGAGAUGUAACUAUGCAUACAGACACAUGGCAACAACAGAUCGCUGCCUGCUGCUGCAUUUGUUUCAGUGUUGGGGAUGGAGGGGUGAAUUCGACAUUUUACGACGACAGCACCUUCACCCGGCAUGGGAACUGCAUGUAUCAGGUCGUCAGACGCGGCACUGGCGCGUGUCCGACAUCCGGCGACACUGUCAAGUACAAAAUAAAGAGGUGGGGCCACGGGUUCCCAGGCGAAAGAAACAGCGAAUUCAGGGAGGAAGACGACAGGACGCUCGAGGACUGCCAACGGUCCCCGAAGGGUUUUGAGCACGCCAUGCUUUGGUCCAUGAGGGUCGGCGAAGUCAGGCCCGUAAUCAGCAAUGAAUGUGUGAGAAGUGAAUGGUAUUUCGAAAUUGAACUGCUUGACAUAGAGUGAGUAUCUGAAGUAGAGACGCUGCGCUCCAAUGGACAGACAAUGAUGACGAUAGAUAUUCCUG